UAAAAGGACGGGAUGGUUGUGAGGCCAGUCACAAGUCAGAUUGCCUCCUCUCCUGAGUUCCAUUUUCUCAGACUUUCUCCUAAAGAGAUAGCAUGGCUGGCCGGUCUUCCCGCAUCACUUGUAACAGUGGAACCAAGAAUUUCAGUUCUUGUUCUGCUGUGGUACCUAGGCUUGGGGCUCGGGCAGGUGUCACUACCCUCUCCUACCGAGGAGGAAGCCCUGGAGGCCUGGGCUAUAGGAAACUUGGGGGCUUUAGCAGCCGGAGCCUGUGCAUUGUGGGGUCCCCUCAAAUCUCGGUAGGCUGUGGACGCCCUCUCCGAAGUGGGGGUAGCUUUGGCUACCGAGUCGGGGGCUUAUGUGGGCCCAGUCCCCCCUGUAUCACAACUGUUACCAUCAACGAGAGCCUCCUGACCCCCCUCAACCUGGAGAUUGACCCCAAUGCCCAGUGCGUGAAGCAUGAGGAGAAGGAGCAGAUCAAGUGCCUCAACAACAAAUUUGCCGCCUUCAUUGAUAAGGUCCGGUUCUUGGAACAGCAGAACAAGCUUCUGGAGACCAAAUGGAACUUCUACCAGAAUCAGAGAUGCUGCCAGAGCAACAUGGAGCCCCUUUUCAGUGGCUACAUUGAGACCCUGAAGCGGGAGCUGGAGUGUGUGGAGGCUGACAGUGGGCGUCUGUCUUCUGAGCUUAACCACAUGCAAGAAGUGUUGGAAGGCUACAAGAAGAAGUACGAAGAAGAGGUAGCACUCAGAGCUACAGCUGAAAAUGAGUUUGUGAUCCUGAAGAAGGAUGUAGACUGUGCUUACCUCCGGAAGGCAGACCUAGAAGCAAAUGUAGAAGCCCUGAUGGAAGAGAUUAACUUCCUGCAAGCCCUGUAUGAGGAGGAGAUCCGGCUACUCCAGUCACAAAUAUCAGACACCUCGGUCGUGGUGAAGAUGGACAAUAGCCGGGAGCUCAACAUGGAUGCAGUCGUCGCUGAGAUCAAGGCUCAGUACGAUGACAUCGCUAGUCGUAGCCGGGCUGAGGCGGAGUCCUGGUACCGCAGCAAGUGUGAGGAGAUGAAGGCCACUGUGACACAGCAAGGAGAGAAUCUCCGGAGAACCAAAGAGGAGAUCAAUGAGCUGAACCGCCUGAUUCAGAGGCUGACGGCAGAAGUGCAGAAUGCCAAGCAGCAGCGUUGCAAGCUGGAGGCUGCGGUGUCUGAGUCAGAGCAGCAGGGCGAGGCAGCUCUGAAUGAUGCCAAAUGCAAGCUGGCGGAGUUGGAAGAUGCCCUGCAAAAGGCCAAGCAGGACAUGGCCUGCCAGCUGCGGGAAUACCAGGAGCUGAUGAACGUCAAGCUGGGGCUGGAUGUGGAAAUAGCCACCUACAGGAAGCUGCUGGAAGGAGAGGAGAGCAGGUUGUGCGAAGGUGUUGGCUCAGUCAACAUAUGUGUGAGCCGUUCCCAGGGGGGCGUGGUCUGUGGAGAUCUCUACCCCACUGUUGUCUCUCGAGGGACAGGGUCUGUGGGGGUCAGCACCAGCAGUGGUGGGAUCUGCUCUCCCUCAGGGGGAGUUGGCUGUUCCAGUGCAAGGUCCGUUAGGUUUGCAUAAAGAGGAGUCUGAUUGGAACAGAAGGGGCUUGAAGAAGAGGUGAAUUUGAUCCUUUCAAGUUUCAUGAAGCACCCAGCCAAGGACUCUCAGUUACCUCUCCAAUGCCAAGUCCUGUAGAAAGAACCCUGGCUUUGGAGACAGAGGGUCUAUCCUGAAACUAAAAGUUAGGUCACUUAACCUCCUUGGGUAUCAGUUUACUGAUCUGUAAAAGGGAGGAGUGGGACUCAGUGGUCUUUGAGGAACUUUAUGGAUCUCUGAUCUUUUUUACUGUCUGUUGAUUCUAUUUACUCUUGUUUACCUAUAUUAUCAUCACGUUGGUUGACCUCCCACAUGUAGGGAUCUGAAAAGGAACACCUUUACUAGAACACCAUCUCUAAAUUUUGUUUCCUAUUCAUUUGGAGGUUGUGAAUCAUGCAAAAUUAUGCUUCCAAGCUAAACAUUCUGAUCCAUCAACUCAGCCAUUCAGGCCCAAAGAGUUAACAGAUCUUGGGUUGGGGGAAUCCAAAUCAUUGCCUUUGACUAAGUGACAGAUACUUAUGAUGAGGAAUAAGACAAUGAGUAAACAGAGAUCAUAACCUAUAGGUAGCAGGGAAGAUACAUCCCAAUCACUUUAAAGAAUUGUGCACAUGGAAAGAGUGGGGCACAGUUCUUUGGAGAUCAAAUUUAUUAAGCAGUUAACUAACAAAGAGCAGACCUUUUCUGAAAUUUUUGCUUAGAGAGCCCAGAUUUUAAGUGUUGGCCUCUGUUUAGACUCUAAGACUUAGAAGGUGAUUGGGUAUUUGCUGGGUAGUUUACCUCUGCCUCCCACUAGUUUUAGUGAAAAGAGAUUAGCAGCUAACUUUUGAGUGGUCCCAUUCCUAAUUCCAGUCCCUAAUGAUGUUAUCAUUCAGAUGAUCCAGCCCUGGAAGUUGUAUCCUUUGGCUUGAAGUAUCAGAAUAGCCUUUUGGGCAGAAGAAGUGCCAUCCUCAUAUCAGCUUUGCUAAACUUAGUAUUCACUUUUCUCUCUCUAGAACCCUUCAUAGGAUCAUGAAUCCAGAAAUAAAAGGGACUCUAGAAAACCUUGUAAAGCAAAGCAGUACCGAUAGAUCCAUUUACAGAUGGGGAGAAAUGGAGGAUCCUGAGGGACAGAGUCAAGGAAACUGAGGCUCUGAGAUAUUAAGGGGUUUUCUCAUGGUCCAUGGUCAGGAAAAUGACAACUAGGAAUCAUUUCAGUCUGUGACUCCAUGUCUAAUAUUCAUCCCACCACACCAGGGAGAAGAUAUAUUUAGAAAUAGUAUCUUUAUUUCUUUAUACCUUUAUGAUCAUCUCAUAAACACUCAAUUUAGAAUCUAAGAUUUUAAAAAUUAUUGACUAGAAGCAGCUAAAUGGCAUAGUGGAUAGACUACUGGACUUGGAAUCAGGAAGACUUAUCUUCAUGGGUUCCAAUCUGACUUCAGACACUGACUAGCUAUGUGACCCUGAGCAAAUUCCUUGACUGUUUGCCUUAUUUUCUUCAUCUGUAAAGUGAGUUGGAAAAGAAAGUAACAAACCAUUCCAGUAAAAACAAAUAAAUAAAAGAAACAAAAGAAGGAAGGAAGAGAGUAAGGGAAGGAAAAGAAAGAAAGAAUGAAAGAAAGAAAGAAAGAAAGAAAGAAAGAAAGAAAGAAAGAAAGAAAGAAAGAAAGAAAGAAAGAAAGAAAGAAAGAAAGAAAGAAAGAAAGAAAGAAAGAAAGAAAAACGAUUCACUCUUUGCUUCUUCACCACUUCUGACAGAAUGGAAGUCAUCCAACCCUAAGUAUACUUUCCUUUUAACCAUAGACAAACAGGGCAGUGGCUAGGUUCUGCUGCCCACGCUUGGCUCCUUUCUCUACUUUCUGUAAAAUACAGGGAAGUAAGCUGCCACAUAAUCAAUUAGUUAAUUAACUAACAAGGGGAUGUAGUACAUAAUUUUGCCACCAUGUGGUUCUACCUUGAGUCCAGCCAAAUAAUUUCAUCAGAAGGUGGCCAAAUGCCCAUGUUCAGGCUUUCCCAGGUGGUAGUUUCCUCACUGCCCAGAAGAGGGCUUUAGUCUGACUACUGCUGCUCUCACCUACCAGGGCUUCCAGGAAUUGUAGGUGGCAAAGGCUCUGGACUCGGUACAGAUCUAGGUAUACACUACAGAAGAAUUCCAACAUUACUUAAAUAGUAAAAAAAAAACAAUCAUCUCUGUUCUCAAGCUCCCACCCCACACUUGUGCAAUAUCCCUCUAUCUGCCAUAUUCUGUAUUAUCCUUUUACACAAGCAAUCUAUAAUGCAGCAACAGUGUGCAGAACAAACUGGUUACACCGUCUUUGAUUUCUGAAACUAUGGCAUCCUCCUACUUUCUCUAGGUGGUAAGAUCUGGGGCAGAUGUUACAUGUUUAAGUUCCUUUUGGGGAAACAGGGACGUGCAUCAAGGGGGAUGAGGAAACUGGGAGAAGAGGGAGUUUGUCCUUCCCACCUCUUCACUGGCUCAUAGGGCUCUCAGCAGCCAUUAGCUAGGUGCCCUGGAAUUCAUCUUUGCUAUAGACCUCUCUCAUCCCACAGCACUGACAUCUUGUGGUCCUAGGAAUCUUUGUUGGUUCUAGAUCUGGUGCUCAGCUAUUGAAUUGUCUCAGAAGGUUGAGAUGCUGUUAUAGUCAGCAGGAGUCUCAAUCUGAAAACAUCAGUCUGAACACCAGGGCUACUGAUCUCUGUGGCCAGCGUGGCAUGGACCACACGGCUCUGCCUCUUUGCUCUGCUUUUUUUACAGCCUGAAACUUAAGGGUGAACAGAAAUCUUUUUCAAGAAUGAGGGGAAAUUCGAGAUUGGGGUGGGAGGGGGCGCUGUAUAUCUACAUAUAGCUUCCCCUUGGUUUUUUUUUCCCUAACGUCUUGCUGAUUUCCUUCCCUGGCAUCAUUUCCUCUAGAGGGAAGAAUCAUUAGGAAUACCCUAAGUGUUGGAAAAUAAAAUAAAAUUGCCCAAUGUUUUGGGCAACCCUAGGACUAAUGCUUCUAAAUGGUAUCUCCUGACCACCGUGCCUGGGCAUGGGGUUUGUGUGGCAUGAUGCAGGACAUUGCAGUAUUUGUGUUUCUGAUUCACUUGCUGCAGUGAGUGUAAACUGUCCUUUGAAAGAUCGUCCUUAGGUCAUAACGCAUCCCCCAUGCCAUCUGUGGAGAAAAGGGGGGUGUAUCUCUCUGCCCCAUCAAUAGGAUUAAGCAAGUGAAAUUAAAUUUAAAUGAACGAAAAGAGAGCUAAUAAGAAAAGGAAUAAUUAAAAACUCAGCUUGUGUGUUUGUAAAAAGGGGAGAAGUCAUCCUAGAAAUAAAUUAUAGAGCUUUUGAGCGAUUCCAAUAUUACUAAAAAUUUGAUCUUGAGUUUUCACCGUCCAUUUGUGUCAAGUCAAAUCUGGCCUCUAUGUGAUAGAUGAGGUCACUGAAGCCCAAGUGAUGAAGUGACUUUGCCCCAGCUAAUCAAGUUAAUUAGCAGCUGAGCUGGGAUUCUAAUAAGGCAUAACGAUUUCAAUUCAGGGCUCUUUCCACAGCAUGCUUUUUAUCAGCCAUAUCUAGUUCAGGCUCCUCAUUUAAGAAAUGUGGGAAAAGGUACUCAAAGAUGGGAAAUGACUUGCCUCGUUCACACAGCUGUUUCUCACAGCUCGGUGAUGACAGUGGAAAGGAAACUGGUAGUUACCAGCUGAUCAUAUCAAUGAAUCCUCUUUGUUUUGGGAAGUUUUUCCCUUGUUAAUUAUUCCUGCCCAUCUGAAGCCGCCUCUCUCGCUGCCUAAUCACCUGCUUCCCAUGUUGCACAGCAACAUGGCACCCCAAAGUAGAAGUCCCAGGCAGACCUCUCCAAUAAGUCAUAUUCAAGGUGGUCUUUAUUAUCAGUCUCAUUCUGAGUCUAAAGUACCCAGAAAGACUGAGGAAGGAGCUAUAAUGGUUAAAGUCUACGGCACCCUGGGAUUUAAAAAGAUGACCAAAUAGCAUGACUCCCUUCUUCCUCCAGACCAUAACUCAAGGCUUGAUAUUUUAAUAAGGCUGAGGAAGGCAGCUUCUUCAGUCUCUGAGCAGGUUGUCUACCCUGCUAGGGCUUGGUUAACAGUACUGGGGCUUCAGAGGAAAAAGAAUUCUUAGAAAUAAAGCACAGACUGUGUGACCCUGGGCAAGUCACUUGACCCCCAUUGCCUAGCCCUUACCACUCUUCUGCCUUGGAGCCAAUACACAGUAUUGACUCCAAGACAGAAGGUAAGGGUUUAAAAAAAAAAAGAAAGAAAGCACAGAAUUGUUUAUCCUGUUAUGGGAGCUUUAUUCAAAUGGGGCGUAUCUCUGCUCUGUUCACCUGUGUUUUGGGGGACCACUUCCCUGAACAACUCAUUGUUUGGGGCUCUUACUCCUUGAGUGUUUGCCAACUGCUUUUCAAAGUCUUCUGUUUCUCUUUUGUAAGCACUUCUCAAUAAAAACUCUUGUCUUUUGGUUAGCCUGGGCUCUUUGCAUUUAAAGCCACCCACUUCUCAUCAAUGGAAAACGCUGUUGCCAUGAGAAAGUAACUUGGAAGAAAGGAAGCACCACAGAGAUGCCAGUUGUCUGGCUGAAAGAGUGAAGAUGACUCAUUGCCAGCCAGUCACAGUUAUUGGAAAACAACUUAAGAC